AUGGCCACGAAAUCGCAGAUUUUUAUAGGAAUGUCCACGGCAUCAAUGCCCACCUCUUCUUCUUCAUCCUCUACCACUCUCUCUAUGAUCAGGAGACCUCUCACGACGUCGUUCUAUAACGGCGGAGUGGGAGCUAUAAAACUUGAAACGAUUAAGGUUGCUCCUUCCAAUAAGCAAAAUCAAUUUAGACAACGGGGAACUGCUUUUGUUGCUCGUAUGAACCUUAUCGACCGGUUUGCUAUGGUCAUCAAGUCAUAUGCAAAUGCAAUCAUGUCUUCAUUUGAAGAUCCUGAGAAGAUCUUGGAGCAAGCAGUUUUUGAAAUGAACGAUGACUUGAUGAAGAUGCGACAGGCCACAGCACACGUAUUGGCAUCUCAAAAAAGGCUGGAAAACAAGUAUGAAGCUGCGCAACAGGCUUCGGAGAACUGGUACCGAAAAGCACAACAAGCUGUUAAGCAAGGAGAGGAAGAUUUAGCACGCGAAGCUCUCAAGAGGCGUAAAUCUCUGGCGGAUAAUGCUAGUGCUUUGAGAACUCAACUUGAUCAACAAAGAGGUGUUGUUGAUAGUCUUUUGUCCAAUACAAAGCUUUUAGAGAGCAAGAUACAAGAGGCAAUGUCGAAAAAGGAUAACCUAAAAGCGCGGGCUCGGUCUGCAAAGAUUGCUAGUGAAGUGAGCGAGAUGGUGGGGAAUGUUGAUACGAGUGGUGCCCUUUCGGCCUUUGGAAUGAUGGAAGAGAAAGUUUUGGCAAUGGAAGCUCUAGGCCAAUUAACUACGGAUGAUCUGGAAGGAAAGUUCGCGGUGCUAGAGAGCUCUUCUUCUGUUGAAGAUGACCUUGCAAACUUGAAGAAACAACUGUCUGCAGGUAGUUCGAAGAAAGGAGAGCUUCCGCCUGGAAGAACUAUUGCCGCUUCAAACAAGACAUUUCUAUUAAAGGAUUCUGAGAUUGAGAUGGAGCUUAAUGAAUUGAGACGGAAAGCAAAUUAAGGACUGCUUCUAAGUUUUGCUUUGCAGGCAUACCAGUUUGAAUUAUUUAGACGCAAAGUCAUUUGGUUUCAUUUAACGAGCUAAUUUGUCAAAGAGAACAGUGUGGGUAUAUCAUUGAAUGGGUACCUCGAUUUAAUAUUUGUACGCUCCUUGAAAUUAAUAGGACGAUUUAGCUAGGUUCUCCUCCAU